AUGGAGGAUUAUUACGAAGACUUGUUGAGAUAUGAAGAUGAAAUAUAUAAGGAGAAAAGUUCUUCUUCUGAGAGUGAAGAGGAAGAUUUCCUCAAGGAUCCAUCAAUUCUUUAUGGACAAAUAUUUUAUUCGAGUGAAAAGCCGCUUUUAAUUACUGAAGAGAAAGUCAAAGAAAGUCAGAAAACGGAAAGCAAACACUCUAGUGACCAGCAAGUGUUGACUCGAACUUCUAAAGUAAAUGAAGAAACUUCCAAAACUACGACUAAUAUCAAUAGUAAAUUCAACGAUGAAAACGACACUAAAGUUAUAGAGGGCAACGGAAACUCUUACUCAGCAGGCAAAUCUGAUAUUAUAAUAAUAUCUGAUAGUGAUGAGAAUGAGGUUUAUACCAAUGCCAAGAAGGUUAAAGGAUCAUCUGAUGAAGAAUCCAAGUACUCAAUUUCGCGUAAAGCACCUUUGGUUUUUGAUUUAGAGGAUACACAUUCUUCCGAAGAUGACAUGGAUUCUCAAAAAACGAGAGAAAAGGGGACAAAGACAGAAGAUGACGUCGGGAAGUCUACGAAUGAGAACACACCCAAUAGGACAAUAAUAUCGUCGGAAUUGGAUACUCAUCUAAUCAACCCAAUCAGUUUUAAAACUCCAGAUUCGACGCCGACAAGGGUAAAAACGAACCAAGGAACACCAAAUGCUCUUUCAAAUAAAGGAUCUUCAGGACAUGUUAAACCAUCCAGUAGUUCAGCACCUCUCAUUCAUCAGGAGUUAAAAUUCAAGACAAACAGAUGCCAGAAUUGUGGAUCACGCGAACAUAAUGAAAACAUUUGCGAGAGCAUUAUGUACCCUGAUAAUGAUGAACUUACAUGGAGAAGAUACAAGUUGCAAGUACCAUCACGAAAUGUUAAAGUCCGAAUAAGCUGCUAUAAGUGUGCCAGUCAAAAUCAUUACGGAAAGGAUUGUGACCUCAGUGGAAGAGAAUCAUCAUCCUCGAGAGAAGCACAUUCAAGUAACAGAUCAAUUGUUUCUUCGAGUAUGAGCAAUUCUUCAAACACCGAGAAAGCCACUUUUGCUGCCGGCUGUUUUUGGGGAGUAGAACAUGUCUUCCGAAAACAUUUUGACAUUGAUACCAAAGUCGGUUACAUUGGGGGCGUCACAAAUAAACCAAGUUACAACGAGGUUUGUACUGGCAAUACUGGGCAUGCUGAAGCUUUACAGAUUCAAUUCGAUCCUUCCAAAAUUUCAUAUGCCACGUUGGUCGAAUUCUUUUAUAAAAUCCACGAUCCCACUACGGCAAAUCGUCAAGGACCAGAUGUAGGAACACAAUAUCGUUCAGCGAUAUUUUACCACUCGCAUCAGCAAAAAGAGAUUGCAGAGAAGGUGACUGAACAGGUUCAAGAGAAGGCAAAUAAAGAAACCAAAUUAUACACCGGAUCAAAAAUCGUAACUGAAAUCGUGGAAGCUGGUGAAUGGUAUGAUGCCGAAAAAUACCACCAGAUGUAUUUGGUCAAUAAUCCCGAUGGAUAUGAGUGUCCCACUCACUUUGUCAGAUGGUGA